AUUUUGUUCUUCUCGUGGUUCCAGUGGCGAGAGGAGGAGGAAGCCGGGAGCGGGGUGGCUGGGGGGGGGGACCCGCCGCGGCUGCUGCUGCCACCGCCGCCGCCACCACCGCUCGUGGGGCUCGUGGCGUGAGGAAGGUGGACUUGUGAGACCCGAGCGCGAGCCGGCGGCGGCGCCGCUGCGGGAGGGUCGGCGGCGGGACGGCGAUGGCGGAUAUCGAUAAACUCAACAUCGACAGCAUCAUCCAACGGCUGCUGGAAGUGAGAGGGUCCAAGCCAGGCAAGAAUGUCCAGCUACAGGAGAACGAAAUCCGAGGACUCUGCUUGAAGUCUCGGGAGAUCUUCCUCAGUCAGCCUAUCCUUCUCGAACUUGAAGCACCACUCAAGAUAUGUGGUGAUAUCCACGGGCAGUACUAUGAUUUGCUCCGGCUAUUUGAAUAUGGUGGCUUCCCACCAGAAAGCAACUAUUUGUUUCUCGGGGACUAUGUGGACAGGGGCAAGCAGUCACUGGAGACGAUCUGCCUCUUGCUGGCCUACAAAAUCAAGUAUCCAGAGAACUUUUUCCUCCUCAGAGGGAACCAUGAGUGUGCCAGCAUCAAUAGAAUCUAUGGAUUUUACGAUGAAUGUAAAAGAAGAUACAACAUUAAGCUGUGGAAAACGUUCACAGACUGUUUUAACUGCUUACCGAUAGCAGCCAUCGUGGACGAGAAGAUAUUUUGCUGUCAUGGAGGCUUAUCACCAGAUCUUCAAUCUAUGGAGCAGAUUCGGCGAAUUAUGAGACCAACUGAUGUACCAGAUCAAGGUCUUCUUUGUGAUCUUUUGUGGUCUGACCCCGAUAAAGAUGUCUUAGGCUGGGGUGAAAAUGACAGAGGAGUGUCCUUCACAUUUGGUGCAGAAGUGGUUGCAAAAUUUCUCCAUAAGCAUGAUUUGGAUCUUAUAUGUAGAGCCCAUCAGGUGGUUGAAGAUGGGUAUGAGUUUUUUGCAAAGAGGCAGUUAGUCACUCUGUUUUCUGCACCCAACUACUGUGGCGAGUUUGACAAUGCAGGUGCCAUGAUGAGUGUGGAUGAGACCCUCAUGUGUUCUUUCCAGAUCUUAAAGCCUGCAGAGAAAAAGAAGCCCAACGCCACGAGACCCGUCACACCGCCAAGGGUUGGAUCAGGCCUGAACCCGUCCAUUCAGAAAGCUUCAAAUUAUAGAAACAACACUGUCCUAUACGAGUGACCGAUAAUGCUUUCUUUGGCUACAUUCUUUAUUCUGCGGUGACGUUGAGGCUUAUAAAUCAAAAGGAACUAACUUGCCGCCCACCGGUUUAUACAGAACUCACAGUAUCUAUGACUUUUUUAAACUACGACCUGUUAAAAUGAAUCUGUUUCCACAGAUGCCCGUGUACAAUGCCAUGUGCUGAGAAUGAUUUCAGACUUAUUAAAUGCGAGCUUGUUAA